GUGCCCGUGCCAGGGGGAUGCCGCAGGGGAGCCACCUGGCUCGGCCACCUCCAGGUCACUCCCUGCUGCUCCUCUCUGCAGACGUGGCAAUGCCCUGCGCCCGCAGCUCUGCCUGGCCCUCGACCAGCUGCGGGUGCUGAGCAGCGGGACGGGGGCAGCCGGUGAUGCCACUGAGGAGGAGGACGGCAAGCACACCACCUCGCUUGUCCUCGUCUGGCCCUGCGGCUCCUGUGUCGUCACUUUCCGCUGCCGGGCAGUGAAGGAGCUGUGGGUCCGCGCGCUCCUUGGAACACCAGAAGGAGCCGGGGGAGCCCACGUCAGCCAGCUGCCCUCAUUCAAGCCUCUGCUGAAGGAGCUGAGGGCACGCAAUGCUGCCAUGACACUGCACGCCAGCAGCCUGGAGAGGCUGGUGGAGAGCCAGGCAAAGGUCAGGAUCACCCAGGAUGUAAUCUCAGCUGUCCCCACCUCUCACACAUGGCCAGAUGCUGAUGCAGCUUGCCAGGGGCCCUUUCUGCUGCGGGGUGUUUGGUGAGCGCGGCACAUUUCUUGCAGGCUGGUGCAGAGCAGCGGCCAGCACCUGUUGUCCCAUCCAGCAGUGAAGGUGGAGUUGGCCACGUGGCUGGUGAGCUUGGGGAAGACAGGGGCAGGACGGCCCUUCUGUCCGUGACUCACAAACGGGCACUUGUGCUGCACUGGGGCUGCUGCUGCCCUUCCCGCAGGGCACGUCCAUCCCCAUCUCACUGCAGAGGGAGAGAGCUGAGCCCCUGGGGUCCCUAGUUCCCAAAUGAUGCUUCUCUUGUGUGCUCAGCAUUGGGGGACAGUACUGAGAGGGUCCAGGAGUGCUUGCCUGGCAUUUCCAAUCCACUGUUCUUCACUCUGUUCUCCUUGGUAGCAGGUGGGACACACAGGAGGAGGCUGCCCUGGCUGUUUGGGAGGCGAGGGAUGCCGGCUGCUAGAGACAGGGCUCCUCUCUUUGGCCGGGCCCUGUCAGACCUCUGCAGCCAGGACGGCACACUGGCCCAGCCCAUCCAGGACCUGCUGGCUCUCCUGCAGGAGCACGGCCCAUCCACGGAGGGGAUCUUUCUACUGGCGGCCGGCGAGCGAGCCUCCCGGGAGCUCCGGGAGGCCCUGGACAGUGGAGCCCAGGUGCAGCUUGAAAGCCAGCCAGUGCACCUCCUGGCCACCAUCUUUCAGGAGUUCCUCCGCAAGAUCCCCUCCAAGCUCCUCCAGAACGAGCUCUACCAGGACUGGAUGAGCGCCCUGCAGAAGACCAGCAGGCAGGAGAGGCUGGCUGGGCUGAAGGAGGUGGCCAGCAAGUUGCCCAAGGCCAACCUCCUCCUCCUCAAACAGUUACUCAGCCUCCUGCAGAAGAUCAGCAGGAAUGUCACCACCACCAGGAUGACGGCCCGCAAACUGGCCAUCUGUUUGGGGCCAGACCUCCUCAGUCCACCAGAGGAGGACAUGCUCCCCGUUGAAAUCCUGGUGGAGGUGUUGAAGGUGUCCCCGGUAGGUCCCGAAAGUGAACAUCUGAAGAGCUCUUCUGGGGAGAGAAGGGCCUGUCUCCAGCUCAGCAAUUUCUUCUCUUCUCCCCUGCAGGACCUACUGGUUCUCCUGCAGGAACACGGGCCAUCCACGGAGGAGAUCUUUCUACUGGCGGCCGGCGAGCGAGCCUCCCGGGAGCUCCGGGAGGCCCUGGACAGUGGAGCCCAGGUGCAGCUUGAAAGCCAGCCAGUGCACCUCCUGGCCACCAUCUUUCAGGAGUUCCUCCGCAAGAUCCCCUCCAAGCUCCUCCAGAACGAGCUCUACCAGGACUGGAUGAGCGCCCUGCAGAAGACCAGCAGGCAGGAGAGGCUGGCUGGGCUGAAGGAGGUGGCCAGCAAGUUGCCCAAGGCCAACCUCCUCCUCCUCAAACAGUUACUCAGCCUCCUGCAGAAGAUCAGCAGGAAUGUCACCACCACCAGGAUGACGGCCCGCAAACUGGCCAUCUGUUUGGGGCCAGACCUCCUCAGUCCACCAGAGGAGGACAUGCUCCCCGUUGAAAUCCUGGUGGAGGUGUUGAAGCGAAUGCUGCUGUGGAGGCUGCUGGGAAGAGCAGCCCCACAGCUGCAGCUUCUGCAGUGA